CCCUCCCUCUCAGUCUGUCCAUAUCUCUGCCUUCUGCCAAGGCAGUGUGUCCAUAUCUCUACUCCAGCUCUCGUAAACUCUGUUGUAACAGAAUUCGUUUUUUUGUCCUUUACUUUAAAAAGCCGGGAGGUUUUCCUUCCUUCCAUCUCCAAACCUUUUUUCUUUUUUAAAAUCUAAUUGAACCCAGUGAUCCCUUCUGGGUUCUGGAUCCUCUUCUCUUUGUUUUCAUAUAUUUUGGAUUCCCCUCCAUCUUUCCUUUCCCCCUUUUCUUCAUCAAAUUUUUCUCAUCCUGCCCUCACUACUACUUUCUUUUCCUGUUCCUCUGGCUAUGCACCAUGCUCUCCUCUCCUACUGUGAUUCUGCAGCCCUACGGACUGCCUGUCUACCCUCAAACUGCUUCCUGCUAUCCCGGCAUUGUACAGGGGGCCCCAGCACAAGAGGCGGGGCCAGGCAGCGCUGACCCUGCCCUCUCACAGGUGUACGCCCCCCCUCCAUCCUACCCUCCGCCUGGUCAAGCCCCACCCGCACCUCCUGGCCGACUGCCACCUCUAGACUUCAGCCCCGCCCACCCAGGCUCAGAAUAUCAGGAGCACCACCAGCUGAGGGUCUACCAGAGCUCACAGCAUGAAGGAGCAGACAGCCUGGCAGCCAGUGGCGCGGAUGACUCUCUGGCUCCAGUGACCUCUGACCCACAGUCUCUCAGCGUUUCUGUGUCGUCAGGAGGUGGGGCAGGGAGCGGAGGGGAGGAGGAGGGGUCAGGCAAAGCCCAGCCAAAAAGGCUGCACGUUUCCAACAUCCCAUUUAGGUUCCGGGACCCUGAUCUUCGACAGAUGUUUGGGCAAUUUGGGAAGAUUCUGGAUGUGGAAAUUAUCUUCAAUGAGCGAGGAUCAAAGGGCUUUGGCUUUGUGACGUUCGAGAGCGCGAUGGAGGCAGACAGAGCCAGAGAGAAGCUCAAUGGGACAAUAGUGGAGGGCAGGAAGAUAGAGGUGAAUAACGCCACAGCGAGAGUGGUCACCAAGAAACCGCAGACUCCCCUUGUGAAUGCUGCUGGAUGGAAGAUCAAUCCAGUAAUGGGUGCAAUGUAUGCACCGGAACUGUACACAGUUGCCAGUUUUCCCUACCCUGUUGCCACGCCGACCUUGGCUUACAGAGGGUCUGCUCUCCGGGGCCGAGGACGAGCCGUGUACAACACCAUUCGCUCAGCUGCUGCGGCCACGCCUACAGCUGUCCCCACCUACCCUGGUGUGGUGUACCAAGAUGGCCUAUAUGGAGCAGAGGUUUAUGGGGGAUACCCUGCAGCCUACCGGGUAGCUCAGUCAGCUUCUGCUGCUACAGCAACAUACAGUGACGGGUAUGGCAGGGUUUACACAGCUGCUGCAGAUCCUUACCACCAUUCAGUGGGACCGACUGCUACUUACGGAGUUGGAACAGUGGCAAGUUUGUACAGAGGAGGGUACAACCGCUUCACACCCUAUUGACCCACCUUGUGAGCUGCUGUGACUUCACUUCCCUUCUGGCUGAGAAGUGGCUCUAUCACGGGACAGGUUUGGCAUCGAGACCAGUCCAGGAAAUGACGUCACGUUCUGUUUUGACCGCUGCACCCAAAGACUUUGAAACCAGCUGUAAAUAUUGUCAGAAUUAUAAAAUAUUUAUUUAAGUAGAACAUUGUUACAAAGGGGUAAUUUAAUUUAAAAUAGCUUAUUUUUUGAUCAACCUGUGUUGAUCGUGCUGCUCCAAAAUUCAUGAUGCAAUUGGGGAAGUCUCAUCAAAGUACAAACUAAAGGCUCAAAAAACACGUAAUUCAGUUCUGCAUAGGAUCUUGUGAUGACACUGAAGUACUCAGCCCAGGCGUAACAAAAAGAAAAACUAAUUUGUGAAGUAUGUGAGGAUGUUGAAUUAUGGGUAGUAUCCCAAUAAGUGCUAAGGUACCAUACCUCAGUGGCAUAAUAGACAUGGCACAGCUAUAAAAUUAUAUUUUUUUAGGUUUUAUAGACGUGUGACUGUGUCCUACGAUUGACAGUGUGUAAUUACAGUGUGCAAUAACAUGUUCAGUGGUGUUAGGGAACCUGAUGAUGUCACUAGUUAGUCGUUUUUAAAAAGUAGUGUACACUGCUUGAGUGUACGUGCGUGCGUGUGGGAGAGUAUACUGUCAUUACAGAAUUAACAAAAGCACAAAAUGUGAGAGACAGCAAUGGCGCUAGUGGUAUAGAAGUUCAGUAGGAUUUUGGCAAUGCCUCCAUGAAAAAGGUGCUUUCAGCCUAGUUUUACUUUUGAAACAAUCUACCUCUAAUCCUUUAUUUGUUCUUUACAUUUUUAAAAUUCAUGUAGUUCUCAGUCCUGGUCAUAAUUUUUACAUAAAACAUAAAAUAGGACAAAAAUGGUACAAAAUAUUUUUGUUGCACAUUAUAGUUCUGUUCUGUCUAUGAUGGGCUUGAUUUAAUAUGUAGUUAUUUACCUAACAUUCUAACCUAUUGCUAUGUUUCUCUGUCAUUCUGUUUCCCUGGCUUUGCAUUUUUAACUCUUCUCAACUUGCCUUUCAGUGUUUUUCCUUCUUUCACUGUGGUUACUUUUCCUUCUGUCUUUAUAUGCUAUUCUCAGUGAUCUUUGUUUGCUAGCCUGUCAAUAAAAUUCUUUUUUCCCCUC